AUGUCGAUGCGGAUGGAUAAAGCGCUCGCCGCGGAGUUGCUAAAUUCCCCUUUGCAGUUCGUCCUCCUCGACAUCGACGGCGUUGUAUCCUCCGGCAAUGAUAUCCUCCCGCGCAUCCCGGAGACGCUCAAAUACCUGCGCUUCCGCGGCAAGGCGAUCCGCUUCAUCUCGAACAACUCCUCCCACUCCCGCCGGGCGAUUCACGAGGUCUUCCAGGCCCACGGCAUCCGCGGCGUGGCGGCGGGGGAGAUCCUCAACAGCGCCUACGCCGUGGCCCUGCGGCUCCGCCAGCUCCUCGGCGGCCCCGACGGCCUCGUCCGGGGGAACCUCUUCGUCAUCGGCGAGGACGGCCUGCACGAGGAGCUGCGGGAGGUCCUCGCCCCGGGCUUCAUCUCGUACGGCCUUGAGCUCCACGACCCCGAGCGCGUCGGCGGCCUCGACCCCGCCGCCCUCCGCGGGGCCUGGACGACCCCGGUCCUUCCCCCCCCCCAGCAGCCCCUGCGCCUCCUCCGGUCCAACCCAGGACCGGGGAUGGGAAGGGAGAACAGGAGAAAAAGGAAAGAUGACUCGGGGAAAGAGGAAGAUGACUCGGGGGAGGUCGUGCAGGCGGGGUCGGCAAACGAGCGCUGGAUCUCGCUCGCGGAGCUCAACGCGGUGGCGGUGGUGGUCGGGCUGGACUUCCACUUCAGCUCGCUGAAGCUCACGUACGCGGCGAUCAUCCUGCGCGGGCGCCCCUCCCCUAGCAAGGACAACACCUGUGAGGAAACGGAAGAGGAGGAGGAAGAGGAAGCGGAGGAAAACCCGCGGGCGUUGUUUAUAGCUACAAACGAAGACCCGCAGGUUCCGAUCGGCCUCCGGACAGUGUUCGUCCCGGGCGAUGGCUGCCUUGUCCGAGCGGUCGCCACCGCCGCCGGCCGCGAGCCUGACGCGGUUUGCGGAAAACCCCAAAUUGACCUCGCCAUGGCCCUCUUCGCAAAUGAAGAUAUUCACGAUGUACGGACGUCUUGUUUGAUGGUUGGGGACCGUUUGACGACAGACGUGGCCUUCGGGAACGCGAUGGGGUGCCAGACGAUGCUGGUGCUGAGCGGGGCUGAGGGCCUGCGUGAUGUCGAAAAAGCAAAACGGGAACAGCGGAAGGAUCUGAUUCCGGAUUACAUCGCAGACUCCCUCGCGUGCUUUAUUCCGUAG